GGGGAGCCAUAAAAAGAAGGCUGUCCAUUUUGGAAAGCAAUUUCCUCACACAAAGCGACGAACUGCAAACCCUUAGGGAGCAUACGAACGCCCUAAAGGAGAAUUCGUACAACGUCAAUGUGGUGUACUCCAUUAAGAACGCUUUAAAAAACGUGGAAGCGAUAACGAGGAAGAAAUUGAAGAGCAUGCCGAUUGAGUCCUUGUGCUUUAUAUCUUCUUCCGUAGCAAACAUAGAUAAAAAUAAAUUCCUCUUGGAAAAAGUCGCAGAGGAAGUUGGUAAGCAGUCGACCAAACUGACUCCCCUGCUGGUGAGUUUUUUGAUGCUAUCUUUUAGCAAAGCGGAUCACAAACAUGGAAGUCUAAUUUACUACUCGCUGCAAUUUUUUUAUAAAUAUCACAGUUUUUUUAGUGUCAAUGAGGUGGGACUGCUGUGUAAGGCGUUGCACAAUUUUUCCAUUAAGGAGAACGAAUUUGUGGACGUGCUGAAUGGGUUUAUGUUGAGGGGCCUGGGUGAGGGCAGCAGUGAGGACAGCGGCGAGGGUCGCGGCGAGGACAGCAGCGAGGGACACAGGGGCAGCAACCCGCGUGGAGACCACUUCAAUUACAAUGCGGACGAUGGUACUUCCUCUGGAAAACAGGUGGAGAAACUCUUUUUCGAAAUCGAGAAGAGCAUCGGUAAAAGCAUUGAGAAAAUGAAUUACGAAGAUCAAUUCACUAAUUUGAGGAGCGUCCAUAUGGAGGAGGAAGGUAAGAGUUACAAGGACGCAAAGGAAAGGACAGCAGGUGAGCGUGAAAAUAAAAGGAUGUAUAGUAAUUUUGUAAACUUUAGCUUUAUUGAUUAUGAAAAUAUAAAAAAGAAUAAUUAUUAUGCUAACAAUUUGUACAACAUAAAAAUGAGUAACAAGAUUUAUAUAAAUAAUGUCAUAUACAUUUUGGAGUACUAUGCUUUCAAUCUGGUGAAUAUUCCCGAAAUUUUGGACCUUUUCUGUGACUUUUUUUUAAAAAGAAAUAUAAAUUAUAUCCUGUACUCGAGAAUAUUUUACGCCUUUUAUCUGCUGCAGUACAGAGGGAAUAAGGUCUACCAAAUGAUUGACAAAUUUAAUGAGUGCCAACCACUGUACCAAGUGAUGUACAAGGAGAGGCACAUGGAGAAGCUGUUGGAGUCGCUAAUUUAUUUUUAUGAAAACAAAACGGAAGAGAAUAAAAUGGAGAACAUUUACUUUUACGUUUUGUCCAAGAGCUACUUUUCAUUCAUUUUUAAUUUUUCAAAAUAUAUUUUAACAUUUUUGUUUAUUAAAAAUAGUAAUUAUGUGCUACACAAAUUUUUGGUUGAUAUAGGGGAAAUAUCGUUGAGCAGGGGCGACUACAUUUAUCUGCACAAACCAAACAGAUUGUAUUGA